AUGAUUCGAUUUAUUAUUAUCACGAUAAUAUAUAUUUAUUUACUAAACUGCGACAUUUGUUCGUGUGAUUUCACUCUCGUCGUACGUUCAAAUGGUGAAUGUAUUAAUCCAAAAGGUGAAAAAGGUUACUGUCGUAACAUAAAUCAAUGUAAAUCUUUAUUAGAACUUCUUAUUAAGAACAAAUCGAGAUCGAAUUCACGAGCGAUUGAUUAUUUACGAAGGUCUCAUUGCGGUUUCGAAGGUAUUCAUCCCGUCGUUUGUUGUCCGAGCGAAAAAAAAACAAAAGAAAAUUAUUACGUCGUUAAUAAUAAAAAUGCGAAAAAACCGUUGGCAAACGUUUCAUACGAAUCAGAUAAUAAUGAUAAUAUAUGCGGAACAAUAAGAGAAACGAAUAAAAUUAUCGGUGGAAGCGUGACUACUUUAUACGAAUUCCCAUGGAUGGCACUUAUCGGAUACAAUACACGGCACGGAUUACAGUACAGGUGCGGUGGUUCAUUAAUUAAUUCCCGUUACGUUUUAACGGCCGCUCAUUGCGUUACUGCACUUCGAGACAUUUCACCGACGUCCGUAAGACUCGGAGAAUAUAAUUUAAGCACGGAAAAAGAUUGUUUGAGCGAUUAUGGUUGCGCUCCGUUGCCAAUCGAUGUCGGUAUCGAUAGAAUAAUUUCACAUCCGAAUUAUUAUAAACCCGAACUACGUAACGACAUUGCACUCAUAAGAUUAUCGAAAAAGAUUGAAAAUAAAACCUCCAUUCGUCCGAUUUGUUUACCCAAGAAUAAAACAUUUAGCGAAAGGAUAAUGAUGAAAACGGAUACUGCGGUCGUUACAGGAUGGGGAACAACGGAAACAGGUAUCAAAAGUCAGGUUUUAUUAAAAGCAACGCUACCGAUAGUUUCGUCAAACGAUUGUUUAAAAGUAUAUAAGAAAAAAAUACCGAUAACGGAGUCGCAAAUAUGCGCGGGGGGAGAAGACGGUAAGGAUUCUUGCAGCGGGGACAGCGGUGGACCAUUGCAAAUCGUCGGAUUAAACGAUGAAGGACAACCCGUUUACUAUCAGGAAGGGAUCGUUUCGUUCGGACCUAAAAAUUGCGGAACGGAAGGACAACCGGGAGUUUACACGAAAGUUUCUUAUUAUACCCAAUGGAUAAUGGAUAACUCGAAAGAUUAA